AUGCAGUCUCUCUGGAGUAUGUACGUCACCGUGAAGAGUUUUGAAAGCAACACAGAACGAGCGGCGGUGGACAUUGUCAUGGCACGCACCCUGCGACGGGCAUUCCGUCGGAAUAGGACCCUCUCGCGGCUGGCAUUCCUGCGUCACAAGACUUUCAACGAGGCGGUGCGCUUUCAGCACAAUAUUUUCAGUCUGGGAACUGGCCACUACGACCUCCUUAACCGGAUAAGGGGACACUUUGCAGAGAAGCGGCCAAACAAACUUUUUCGCACCUCAGUUCUUCCAAUUUCGGGCGCCUAG